AUGAAGAUGUUGACAAGACUCCAAGUUCUUACAUUAGCUUUGUUUUCAAAGGGAUUUUUACUUUGUUUAGGGGACCAUAACUUUCUUAGGAGGGAGAUUAAAAUAGAAGGUGACCUCGUUUUAGGGGGCCUAUUUCCCAUUAAUGAAAAAGGCACUGGAACUGAAGAAUGUGGGCGAAUCAACGAAGAUCGAGGGAUCCAACGCCUGGAAGCCAUGUUGUUUGCUAUCGAUGAAAUUAACAAAGACAAUUACCUGCUCCCAGGAGUGAAGCUGGGUGUUCACAUUUUGGAUACCUGCUCAAGGGAUACCUACGCAUUAGAGCAAUCACUGGAAUUUGUCAGGGCAUCUCUGACUAAAGUGGAUGAAGCGGAGUAUAUGUGUCCUGAUGGAUCCUAUGCCAUUCAAGAAAAUAUCCCACUUGUCAUUGCAGGGGUCAUUGGCGGCUCUUACAGCAGUGUUUCCAUACAGGUGGCAAACCUGCUGAGGCUCUUCCAGAUCCCACAGAUAAGCUACGCAUCCACCAGCGCCAAACUCAGCGACAAAUCGCGCUACGAUUACUUUGCCAGGACCGUGCCCCCCGAUUUCUACCAGGCCAAAGCCAUGGCCGAGAUCUUGCGUUUCUUCAACUGGACCUACGUGUCCACCGUGGCCUCGGAGGGCGACUAUGGGGAGACGGGGAUCGAGGCCUUCGAGCAGGAAGCUCGCCAGCGCAACAUCUGCAUCGCCACUGCGGAAAAGGUGGGCCGCUCCAACAUCCGCAAAUCCUACGACAGCGUGAUCCGCGAGCUGCUGCAGAAGCCCAACGCGCGCGUCGUGGUCCUCUUCAUGCGCAGCGACGACUCCCGGGAGCUCAUCGCCGCUGCCAGCCGCGCCAACGCCUCUUUCACCUGGGUGGCCAGCGACGGCUGGGGUGCGCAGGAGAGCAUCAUCAAGGGCAGCGAGCACGUGGCCUAUGGCGCCAUCACCCUGGAGCUGGCCUCGCAGCCCAUCCGCCAGUUCGAUCGCUACUUCCAGAGCCUCAACCCCUACAACAACCACCGCAACCCCUGGUUCCGGGACUUCUGGGAGCAGAAGUUCCAGUGUAGCCUCCAGAACAAGCACAACCACCGGCGCCCUUGCGACAAGCACCUGGCCAUCGACAGUAGCAACUAUGAGCAGGAAUCCAAGAUUAUGUUCGUGGUGAAUGCGGUGUACGCUAUGGCCCAUGCCCUGCACAAAAUGCAGCGCACACUUUGCCCCAACACCACCAAGCUCUGCGACGCCAUGAAGAUCCUAGACGGGAAGAAGCUGUACAAGGAUUACUUGCUGAAAAUCAACUUCACAGCUCCAUUCAUCGCAAAUAAAGGUGUAGAUAGCAUUGUCAAGUUUGACACUUUUGGAGAUGGCAUGGGACGAUACAACGUGUUCAACUUCCAGUAUGUGGGUGGCAAGUAUUCCUACCUGAAGGUUGGUCAUUGGUCAGAAACCUUAUCACUAGAUGUUGACUCUAUCCACUGGUCCCGGAACUCAAUGCCCACUUCCCAGUGCAGCGACCCUUGUGCACCCAAUGAAAUGAAGAAUAUGCAGCCAGGGGAUGUCUGCUGCUGGAUCUGCAUCCCCUGCGAGCCCUACGAAUACCUGGCUGAUGAGUUUACCUGUAUGGAUUGCGGCCUUGGGCAGUGGCCCACUGCAGACCUAUCUGGCUGCUUUGACCUUCCUGAGGACUACAUCAAGUGGGAAGAUGCCUGGGCCAUUGGUCCAGUCACCAUCGCCUGCCUGGGUUUUAUGUGCACAUGCGUAGUGGUGACUGUUUUUAUCAAGCACAACAACACACCCUUGGUCAAAGCAUCAGGCCGGGAGCUCUGCUAUAUCCUGUUGUUUGGGGUGGGCCUGUCCUAUUGCAUGACGUUCUUCUUCAUUUCCAAGCCGUCACCAGUCAUCUGCGCAUUGCGUCGACUAGGGCUGGGGACCUCCUUCGCUGUCUGUUACUCAGCCCUGCUGACCAAGACAAACUGCAUUGCCCGCAUCUUCGAUGGGGUAAAGAAUGGCGCUCAGAGGCCAAAAUUCAUCAGCCCGAGUUCUCAGGUUUUCAUCUGCCUGGGUCUGAUACUGGUGCAGAUUGUGGUCGUGUCUGUGUGGCUCAUCCUGGAGGCUCCAGGCACCAGGCGGCACACCCUUCCAGAGAAGCGGGAAACAGUCAUCCUAAAAUGCAACGUCAAAGAUUCCAGCAUGUUGAUCUCACUUACCUACGACGUAGUCCUGGUCAUCUUGUGCACUGUGUAUGCCUUCAAAACGCGGAAGUGCCCAGAAAAUUUCAACGAGGCCAAGUUCAUUGGUUUUACCAUGUACACCACGUGCAUCAUCUGGUUGGCCUUCCUCCCUAUAUUUUAUGUGACAUCAAGUGACUACAGAGUGCAGACAACGACCAUGUGCAUCUCUGUCAGCCUGAGUGGCUUUGUGGUCCUGGGAUGUUUGUUUGCACCUAAGGUGCACAUCAUCCUGUUUCAACCCCAGAAGAAUGUGGUCACGCACAGGCUGCACCUGAACAGGUUCAGUGUCAGUGGAACCGGGACCACGUAUUCUCAGUCCUCUGCCAGCACAUACAUGCCAACGGUGUGCAACGGCCGGGAAGUCCUCGACUCCACCACCUCAUCUCUGUGA